GCGUCAGUCGCUGGGCGGCGCGCGGCCGGCUCGCGGUCGAUAGCUGCACGCUGGCACGGGCACGGCCAUGUUGCGCGACGCGUGCACGCGCGAGCGGCCUCGACGCGCUGCCGUGUGAGUGAAGUGUUGUGGUGUGGACACCGGCCCCUUCUCCCCGCGCCGCCACGCGCGGCGCUGCCGCCUCGAGCUUUCGGAUUUUUUUUCAAUAAUGCGGCAGUCUAAUGGAGUCUAGCUUAGGCAUCACGGAAGCCGAUUCAUGUCUGCUUACACCAACAUCAUCAAUGCUAUCACAAUCAAGUGAGGGCGACCGCGGGGGCGAGCGGCGACGCGGCGCGGGCGCAGCGGUGUCGCGCGGCAUGCGGCGCCGCCCGCUGCUGCCGCUGCUGCUGCUGGCGCUGUUGCGCGCGCACGGCCUGCUCGCCGCGUCCGGAGAAGCCGAUUACACACUUGACGAUUCGUUUUGGAAUGAAGAAAGCCCAGUUGGUGAAGUUGAGCGGCUGUUACGCGAGUACCGCCAGAACCAGGAGCUGGUGCGGAAUAUCGGUGCCCACUACUACCAGAUCAUUUACCCCGUGCAGCUGCGACAUCACGAGAAAAUGGGCAUUUCCACGCGCGAGGUCAACACUCCCAAGGGCAGAGGUUACGACUACCAACAGGGCACAAGGUCACGCGCUAGGACUGGCAAACACUUUCAUAGGACUUCACUUCUCAUCAAAGCUUUCAACCACAAGUUCCGACUGGACCUUGAGCUUAACACGCAACUGCUAGCGCCCAAUCUAAAACAAACACAGUACUUAGCAAAUGGUGCCGAGAGCGACAUCAGAACUGAAAUCGAGCACUGCUACUACCACGGCACGGUGAAGGACUACCCAGGGGCGUCAGCAGCAUUCCACACGUGCAACGGAGUGUCAGGGGUCAUUCACAUCGGCAACGAGACGUUUGUCAUACACCCCUUCUACGGGGGUGAUCUGUCGAAGCACCCACAUGUGAUCUUUGAGGCGCGAACGAAGGCGAACAAGGGCUGCGCCAACAAGCUGGAGUUCCGGCCCAAGAGCCGCCGCACCAAGCACGUGCCCUUCGUCGAAGAACCGCUCGCUGAUGACCCUGGCAACAUGGACUCAACAACAAGAACAAAAGAAGAGCGAGCGUGGCGAUGGUGGCAGGACGCAGGGCUGCGCGCACUGAACAGACGCAGGCGUGACGUCAGAGAGACCACCAAGUACAUAGAGACAGCCCUGGUGAUCGACAAGGCUAUGUUUGACAGGAGAAACGGCAGCACCAGGUCCGAGGUGGUCCAUGAUGCUAUUCAAGUGGCUAACAUUGCUGAUCUGUAUUUCCGCACGUUGAACACCCGGGUAUCCCUGGUGUACAUCGAGUCGUGGCAGAGUGCCGACCAGGCAGACAUCGACCGUAAGCAGGACAUCACCCGCGCCAUACACAAGUUCAGUGACUACACUGCUCGGAAACUGUUCAAGAUUGAGAAGGACACUACACAGCUGCUCACCGGGCUGACGUUCCCGGGAGGUGAGUCCGGGAUAUCAGUCCCGGACACGCUGUGCACGCCCAAGUCCGUGGGCAUAUCCGUGGACACCAACACUUACGAGCCCCACCUGCUUGCUGGGACCAUGGCGCAUAUGAUUGGACAUAAUAUUGGUAUGGGCCAUGACGACGGUCGCGAGCAGUGCUUCUGCCGCGACUGGCACGGCUGCAUCAUGGCACAGUCCAUCGUGGGCUCCGACAACGUGCAGCCCUACAAGUUCUCAGACUGCUCCAAGAACGACUACAUCAACGAACUCCGGGUCGGCCAGGGACUGUGCUUGCUCAAUAAACCUAAUGAGUUGGUGAUGCACCACCUAUGCGGCAACGGGCGGCUGGAUGAAGGCGAGGAGUGUGACUGCGGGACUCUGUCGGAGUGCCAGAACAGCAACCCGUGCUGCGACCCCUUCACCUGCCGCCUCACCAAGGAGUCGCAGUGUGCUUCGGGAGAGUGCUGCGAGAGGUGCCAGCUGAAACCGCGUGGCGUGACCUGCCGGGACGCCACCAACGAGUGUGAUCUAGAAGAGACAUGUACGGGACUGUCCGGAGUCUGUCCUCCUGACGCCCAUCGGAAGAAUGGCGAGCCCUGUCAGUCCGGCAAUGGAGCCUGCUUCGCGGGACAGUGUCCCACAUUGUCCCUCCAAUGUGAGAAGAUCUGGGGCCAAGGGUCUUUAGGAGCUAAAAAGGAAUGCUUCGAGGAGUACAAUUCUAAAGGAACAGUGACUGGACAUUGUGGAAAGGACAACAGUGGACAUUUUAUCAAGUGUGACCCUGAGAAUGCUCGCUGUGGUUCCCUGCAGUGCCAGCUGGGUAACCGCUACCCCAUAGUGCCGGGGAUGGACGAUUACUACACGAAAAUCUACAUCAACAACAAGGGUACCGAGUUUGAAUGCAAAGCCACGACAGGUCUUCCAAAACCUUCGGAGAUAGCUCCCCUGGGGCUGGUGAGGGACGGCACCCCGUGCGGAGACAACCUCGUCUGCGUGAACCAGACCUGCACCUCCAUCUUCACAUACAUCGACCACAUCAAUAAGUGUCCCACUGACGAUAAAAACAACGAGUGCUCUGGAAAAGGGGUGUGUUCAAACCUGAACCAAUGUGUCUGCAACCGCGGCUGGACAGGCCCAGACUGCUCGCACCACGACGAACUCCCCCCUUCCCCCACUCCCUACUAUGUUCCAGACAACAGCACGAAGGCAGCCUACAAUAUGACCAAGAAGGAAACACCGUAUGAGAACUACCACGGCUCGAACACGGUUUUCCUCGUGGCGGUGCUCAUGUCUGUGGUAGGGGGGGUAUUCAUAGUAUUUGCCCUGAGCGCUCUCUGCUACAGGUCAGUCGUAGUACACAAAAACUUCUCCCUGUGCCUAAGGAAAAAGAGUACGUCACGCAAAUACGACCCGCCUUACGUCAAGAAGCCGAUUGCGAAGAGCUUCGCAGCCGGCUCCACCACCUCUAACAACUCCCAAGAAGACAUUUCUCUGGACGGAGGGAAGAUGCACUCCUUCAACAAUACGUUCAGUCGGGGAGACUCCCAGCGCGUGAUCUUCAGACAUGGCAACCACAUGUCAGGCUCUGGCAGUACCAGUAGAUAUCCAGAUCACAAACAAAUGAAAAGAGUACAUUCUGGCAGUGAAGACGAGCCGACUCAUUCCGGUGAAGAAGACAUUGCAUUUAUCGACGUAGCACAGAACUCUAUGGCAAAACUUCCAGAGAAGGGGAUCCUGAAGAAGCAUGGAUACGGCGCAGUGGACGGCAAGGACAAGUGGGGAGAUGACUCGCAGUCUGAGCAACUGGAAGCUGGCUCGCAGUCUGAUGGACAGGAGCCGGCUGGAGCCGUCGCUGACAUGGAGUAUAAGUUUAAGGACCUUAAUGGAUACCACGAAAACAUAAUCGUAGCAUUAAAGACUGCGGCGGCCCAACGUGCUGCGGGUGCAGGCGGCAUCGCGGUCGGCUCUGGCGACCUGCGAGCCUUGCAAGAAUAUGAGUACAAUAAGCGAGAGCGAGCGCCCUCUGCUGAGAAAAUCCACGAAACUGAACUUCGCCGCCAACGCAACGAUGACGAGGAAGAUGAGCCUCCACAAUGUGGACCCAUCCGCAUCCGCAACCUUGAGGAUCUCAUCCGACAACUCGAGCACCAUUCCAGCAGACACAUGAGCCCAUCUGGCUCCGAAGACAUCAGGAUGUCGGAGACGGAAGCCGAUAGACACUAUAGAAUUGAACCCGGAGAUAUAGCAGCUGCUAGAUGUCGCGGUCGUAUCGGAGGCGGCGAGGAGGAGUCUCGGUUCGGCUACCCUCGGUUCCGCGGCAGCGGGCGGCACCACGGGCCGCUGUUUGGCGGCGCGGCGGCCGGCGCCGGCGCGGCGCUGCCCCCGCACGCGGGGCACGCGAUGCCCGCGCCGCACGUGCCGCACGCGCCGCACGCGCCGCACGCCCCGCACGUCCCGCACGCCGCGCACUCCCCGCACGCCGCGCACGCCGGCCUGGCGGGCCACGCGCGCCCGCCGCCCGACGACGACGCGCUCUAUGAGACCGCCGACGCCGAAAGACUUCGGGAUGCCCCCGACAGUGAGAGUGAUGAAUUUAUUCAAGCUCAACAACAGUUAGCCCGGUGGGCGAGUGAGGAGGCGGUGCCGGCGGCGCGCGGGUACCUGGCGUCGCCCGCCAGCUCGGCCAGCCCGGCGCCGGCGCCCGCCGCCGCCUUCCCCGAGUACACGCACUGACCCCGCCGGCGCGCGCGCGACGCGCUCGAGGCGCACGAGUCGCGACCCCACACGUCCUAGGCUACUAGAUAUCGAUGUAUCCAGCUCUGUCUGCACUGUUAGGGUAAGCACGUCGACUAGUUUAACCGUUAGUAAGAAACACGAUAAUUCUCUUCACGCGUAGUUAAUCUAAUAAAGGUAUAGUGAUCGGACGUAGGGCCGGCGUCGGCCGCGGCCGGCGCGCCGCCGCUUGUGAAUACGUAGUUAUCGUUAGCGAAUCAGUGACUUGUAAAUAUUAUUGACCUAUGACGUACAUAUUAAUUGCACAUAAACGAUAUGACUGAACUUGUAACGUACUCUUAAUAAACGAUUUAGAGUAACCGUCGAAUGUAAGUCUCGAUUGGAAGUGUUUGCCUGCCGCGCCGCCGGAGGGUGAUAUAUCUGUUACGUUGUCGUGUCUCAUAUGUUAUAUUCGUUCAUCUGAUCAAUACGCUUUAUAUCUAUAUAUCUGUUUGAGUGCCGCCACCCUGGCGGUGGUGCGGCAGAUUGUAUGUCUAAAGUAACUCUAAGUAAGUCAGUGUAUGAACGUAGCAUUAAGUGUAACUGUGCGGUGCCGAGGUCCCCCGACACGUCGAGCUCGAGUUCGUUUCACUUCCGACAGACGAAGCUCAAGUAGCUUGCAAAUUAGAUAGGCGAUUAACAAAUUGAGCUAAUUCUUAAGCGAAGCUUUAAUGUAACACGAUGUUAGCGGGAGAGGCGAAGGCAGAGCUCGGCGUCGCGUCACGACGUCAUCGUUUGCCCUAGAUAUCGUUUGGUUGUUAAGUUGUCCGAGUCCGUCUCAUCGCGUCACUGUCAGGAGGUGGGCGACACGCAACCGUCCCCGGAGAGUCAACAACUAUCGCUUCAUACUGUUAUCACCUCUCCGAUAUACGCCCAACUUCGUGUUCUACGUUACGAUUACGAUCUCGACACGAUCUAGACUUGAAGGAACACCAAAGAGGUCCCAGCGCACAUCUCGUAUCAUAUUGUCCUAUGUGUUGUUCGUUGUGUUCGCGUCGUCAUCACUUAGUUCCGUAGACAGUUCAGCUCUCGAUCUCGUCUCACCGUGCACUAAUAAAGAAAUAAUUUAAUUAGCCCUUAACGUACACAUAUUCUAAAACUUAAUUAAAUGUGAAUAAAAGUUAUUUCGAUUUAUCAGAAUAUCUAUUAUUAUUAUUAUGUAUUGACUUAAACGAAUUUAUGCCGAUACAGAUAGAGAAUGUAUGUUAAUAUGUUAUAGUUUUCAAGUUUAUUUUAUUGUGACAAUUUAGGAAGUUAUCGUUUGAUUCGCGUUUACGCUAGGCUAGGUGGCCCGGCCACGGAAUAUAAACACAUUAUGUAGUUAACUUACAGUUAAAUUAUUGAAUAAUGAAGUGGAGCGGCCGCGUAUGGUUGCGUCACACUGGUACGAUGUUCACUGGCGCUGUGAGGCUGCGCGCCCUGUUUUCGUAAUUAUUCUCCUAGAUAAUCGUUAAACCUUAAGUAAGUCUAAAUAGGAACUAUGAACACGUACAGGGUAGAUGUUUUUGCAAUACUCUGUGACUGGGUGUGGUACCGGGCGGCUGCAGUACGGCCCGCGCACCGCACCCAGUAGGCGUCGCGACUGCUGCGGCGGCCGGGGGCGCCAUGCCUCGGCCUAACUCGUCAAUUGCGACCGGCGACCGACGCCGCCAUUGCUCACGGUAGUGCUCUGUUCUCGGUACGAAUUUUCGUAACUAAUGUAUGGGACGUGGUGAGCGCGCUGUGCUGUGACGUCACACCUCCGGAGCUGCGCAAUGUCAACUGUGGAACACUUGACCUUCCGUAGCGCUGUGUCGUGGAGCUACUGCAUGUCCGUGUGUCCUACCGAUACCGACCAGUCGGCACAGCACAGUGCCGCCGGCCAGCAGUAACCUUGUAUGUAUUGAACAGUUAUAUUUAUCGUGUCACUGGAUGUUGAAUGUUUUGUACUUAAUAAAGUGGAUGCGCACAAGCAAAGAGGCUCAAUAGAAGUGUCGUGUCCUCUAUCGCGAAGUUGCGACGAUUCGUAGGAACCGUUCACCACUACCGAACUACUGAUUUAGAAAUGUUAAAGUUAAGUGAUAUUAUAUAAUAUAAAAAUACGAAUUUUAAACGAAAAAAAAACGUUAAGACGUUGUAAUUUUUCCGUUUGAUUUUGUCCUUGUAAAUAUAUUUGCUAUAUGAUUUACUAAAUGAAUGUAACAUAUUAUUAAUGAAAAAAUAGAUGAACACAAAUUUUAAA